GGCCCCUUGGUUACUUUCUCAAGCAAUGCUGGCAAUGUACUUGAUCCUGAAGGCCGUCUAUCUCUUUGCGUGGCCUGAUGCCUUUGUCUGUUCGACGCUUAUCUUGUCUAAAUGACGCCGCAACUGCUAAUUUGUACCUGCCUGCGUGCUUGCCUUUCAUCGGCGACUUUCAGUGGCCAACUUGACUCUCUGUAGCCCAAUACAUCCAACGACAGCAGUUCAACGAUGUCCCACGCUACUCCGUGCGCCACCUGUACGCUCUGUACUUCAAGCUUCCCAUUCCCCGACAAGUGGCUUUUGUUCCCCAAUUGUGGCCACGCUUUCUGCGAGUCCUGCGCUCAGACCCAAGGCGACCGGUGCCCAACUUGCCGUGCCGCGUCUUUCGGGCGGCCCCUGCUUCGCAUCCGUGGCGCACAGAUUGACGAGCUCGGCGAUAUGCGCAAAAAGCUGUCCGACACGCGCAAGCAACUGUCGGGCACGCGCAUGGUGCUCGAAGACACUCGCAAGGAGCUCGUCGCGACGCGCAAAGAACUCGCGGCGGAGCACGCCAAGUGGGAUCGUCUGAAGGGGGUGCUAGUGGAGUACGGGGCGCUUGAGGGCGUUAUGGGGGCUGUGCAGAUGAAGAUUGAAGAGAUCAAGGCGGAUAUGAGGGCGCGGGAUGAGCAGGUGAGGCGCUUGAGGGAGUGUGUGGAGGGGUUGUGGAAGGGUGGGGUGUGGGAGGAGGAGGAGGAGAUAGGCCGAGUGGAUGGCACGGCGCUUGCGGCAGUAUGGGAGAUGAAGAACAAGAUCGCGCGAUACAUCGAUGGGUGGGGCGACGCUGUGAACGAGUGGGGGGCGAGGAUCAUAUUCGAGGGCAAGGUCCACUCGAAGGUCGAUUUCUUCGCUUUGUGGCACUGGUUUCUGGUGCUGUUCCCAUGGGUCCUCGUCAUGCUGCUGUGUUGGUCGUGGACGCUGCCCUCGGUCAGCGCGGAGCAGUUGUAUAUUCCAGGAUAAAGAAAAUGUUCAGUGGGGUCAGACAUACAUAUCUAGGGAGAGCCGCUUCAAUUGUUCAACUUGAAGAUAUCGAGCCUGGAGAGCGGGAGCACUUGUCUAUUGAU